CUUUCCUUAAGGUCUCUUUUGCUUAAAAUAAUACCUACAUUCGCUUUGCGUUUUCCAACUUUUACUCAAGUUUCAAAGCUACACUUUUUUCAACAUGUUCCGCAGUUCUUUUAUUUCCGGCUCUCUUCUUCUUCUCUCUCUUUUGGGCAAUGUUCAAGCCGGUGUUGUUCAGCCCCCGGCUGUUAAAUCUGCUAUUAUCCCAAUUGAACUCGAUCUUGACCCCCAACUCAUCAUAAAAGCCGGUGGUUUGACCCCGAAGCUUGCCAAGACGGUGACCAACCAGCAAAUUGUUACGGCGGCACUCGACACCGAUAUUAUCCAGGAGAUUAAAAAGAAACAUCCCCGUAAACCCACCUACGUUCGAAUCCUGCUCCCUCCACCUCCUCCCCGCUUACCCGUGGCAAGGAUAACCCGGCUGGCUAUCGACAACAACCACCCGCCUGUGCCGUCGAGCCCACACUUGUUGGGAACUUCGUCUCCAUGGCUACAAACGACCGACAGCUCCGCUGUUUGGACACAGGCCCCUCUCGAUGAAGAGCCGUCAACUGCCGUCAGACGAAUCCUCCCUCAAGCAAAUGCUAUAUGGAGCCUUGCAUGCAGCGCCACAUGCCAAGGUCGAAGAACCCGACUGGUGAUGCUGAUUCCGCCGCAGAUGGGAGUGGUAGACGUUGCUUGUCGGGGUCGAGGGAUUCGCGAGGGAGCCGGACAGGCCAAGGAGGGCUUCUGGUCCUAGGCGGUGUGAUGAGCGUAGUAUUCGCCUGGGCUCACUGGUUCAAAUUUGCGGAUGUUGCAGACAAUGGGUUCGGCCCUAUUUGAAGCAAGCCAUGGCAGGUGUCAAUAAUGUGUAUAAGAUAGAGCAUAUAACAAUGGAGCCCGUUGCGUAAAAUGUAUUGGUUAUCCGUCUAGAGCAAGACCAAGGAGUUCACCGAGUUCUGCCGAAUCUGUAGUAUAAAUCAUUGCCUUCAUCUGUCAAAAAGCCUCCCGUGACCGCUAGCCCUGUGAAAAGAACCCGAAAUGUUUAUUUAAUGCGGGAAAAAGCCGCCCACAAAACGUAAAUGCGCAUUUUCUUUUUUUUU